AUGGCUACAAGUAAAUCAAAUCAGUUUCCGGAAGACACUGAUGAGGAAGUCCUAGGAUGUGCCAUAUGCUUCAAGAGUCGCAGCAAAUCAAAAUUCCUGAACUGCCAGCAUAGUUUCUGUUUGGCCUGUCUGGAAGACUGGGUUAAGAAGAAGGGUAAGCUUACUUGUCCCACUUGCACAAAAUCGUAUUCUAUUCCAGAGAGUGGAUUUCAGAAGCUUCCACCUCUGAUUAACUCGGAACAUUAUGAUAAACCAGCUAGAGAUCACACCACAAAAUGUGUUUGUGGCAAAGCAGAAGAAUACUACUGCCAGGAUUGCAGACAUUAUUUGUGCUGUGCUUGUAGAAAUUAUCAUAAAAUAUUGCCAAUGAUGGCAAAUCAUAAGCUACAUACAGUGGAAGAUGUCCGCUCAAUGAAUCCACAGGACUUUGCUUUGUUAAAUCCUCUGUUGUGUUUACAUCACUCUAAACCUUUGGAGCUGUACUGCCAAGAUUGUAAAACUGCAAUAUGCAUUCAUUGCAUAUAUACAGAACACAAGGAAUGUACAACCAAAGCAAUCAGCAUAUCAGAUGCAUUCAAAACAUUUAAAGAAACCUCAGCAACAUUGGAGGAAGCUGCCAAUCACUAUGAAAAAAAAUUACAAGAAGGCCUUGAAGCAGUUGUUCAAACAUCUAAAAAAUUAGAAGAAAGUAAAGAGACAAGUUUGCACGAUAUUGACAGUCUUGUGCAAGAAAUGAUUGAAACGAUCAUGAAUAAAGGAGAUGAAAUGAAAAAUAAUGUAGAGAUAAUCUACAAACAGAAAAAGCAAGUAAAUGAUGUACAAAUGGAUGAAUUGAAAACAAUAAUAUCUGAUGUAAAUACAAAAUUGUGUUUUUUUAAACAGUUAAUAAAAAGUGAUGAUGCAACAGCAAUGGUAUCAAGUGAAAGUGUAGUUAAAGCACUGGAAGACAGAGUCAAUGAAAUGCCCAAAACAGAGCCAAAUGAUAAUGGACACAUUUUCUUUUUUGUGAACCAACCCCACAUUUCUUCUUUGCAGCAAUGUGACGUAGGAAAUGUAACACAAUCAAUGGCAGACGGUCUAACAUUAAAGAAGGUGGAAUCUGUGACCCAAGGUCAAGCAAUUGUUGCCAAAAUAAUUAAAGCAGAUAAAUGUAAUAUAGAUGAAAAUCAACUGAAGGCAACAUGGACACAUCCUACAGGAGAAACCAACAUCACCCAAGUUGAUGAAGGUGAAAAUGGAGAUUAUGUUUUGAAAGGAAAAUGCACAGGUCCAGGUGUUUGUAGACUUGAUGUGAGUGUUGAUGGUAAACCAGUUAACCAGUCACCAAUGAUAAUCAAAGUAGAACCAGAUGGAUUAGUAAAUACCAUUCAAACAAAUGCAGAAGGUUUUUCUGGUCUAGUUAAGUGUGAAGGUGAUUGCUUGUUGGUUUCAUGUCACAAAAACGAAAUACACAAGUACAAGCAAUCUGGAGAAUAUAUUAGUAAGGUUACACUCCCUGAAGGUGUGAAAAUAUAUGGACUAUGCAAAAUGAAGAAUGGUAAAAUAGCAGUCAGUGAUGAUGGCAACAAAUGCAUCACAAUAGUUAAGAUGAAUGGUGAGGUGAUCAAAUCAAUUGGUCAGGGAGUAUUGGAGGGUCCAGCUGGGAUCCAUGUGGAUGAGGCAUCAAAUGUUGUGUAUGUAGCUGAUUGGGAUAAUGAAUGUGUAUUUAUGUUUGACAUUGACAGUGGCCAGAUGAUCAGAGAGAUAACACAACAAGGCAAUAAAAUAAGAGCCAUUGAUGUUACGCUUACAAAUCAAGGACAUAUUCUUGUAUUAGAGAGUGAUCUUGAUGAGUCUUGCUACAAUAAAUUAUAUCAAUUUGAUGAUAAAGGAAGGUUCAUAAAAGUUCUUGUUAAAGGUGAUGAAAGGGGUAUGGUUGAUUUUAGAGGAGUAGUAGUUGAUGAGGAUGACAACAUCAUUUUAUCAAAUCAUAAGAAUCUAGAGUUUUUUAGUAGUGAUGGAAAUUUCAUUAAAAGAAUCGACAAUAAUCCAGAAGAUAAAAUCCAGGAUUUAUUUGGGUUAUCUAUAAUUUCAUAUCAUCCACGAAGGGUUGCAGUAGCAAAUAAUCGUGAUAGAACUUUAAAAAUAUAUAAUUACUAAAGUGUACUUGUUAAGUCUACACGUACUGCUCCCAAUUUCUAGAUAUACUAACUGUAAGUUAUAGAUAGAUCCUUUAACACAGGGGUCUCAAGUUGCUUUAUGUAUUUGGAAUGAUGGGUGAUUUAUCAUCACUAUGGAAAUAGUGUAUUUAAUACUGGAUAAUAACAUGUCAAUACUUAGUAAUGUAAAAAAAAAAAGCUGUAUUUUGUCAACUUACAAGUUAUCAUGACCUCGUCUGCCAUAAAACAUUCUGAUGAAGUGGCAUUUUCUCAACUUCAGACAAAUUUAGAUCUUAGCCCAUGAAAGAAAAAAACUAUAUUUUAUAUAUUCAGUUAUUGGUUCAUUUAAGAUUUCAAUAUAAAGCCGGCAUCUUUGUUCAUGGAAUCUAUAUUUUAAAUAAAAUUGUUAUCGGUAGAUUUUCUGUCCAUUCUAUAAUCAGGUGGUACUGGGGAGAGAAUUGAUUUCCUGUUCCACAACAAGACAUCCAUUCAGAAGCCUUUGUGAAGAAAGCUUUCCAGUGGUGGCAUAGGUGGCCAGGAUCAGCUAACUUUGGAUUUGAAUUUAGAAAGGUUGAAUUGUGUUAAAUUGAGUACAAUGUCCACAAUGUUCUAGGCCUAGUAUUAAAUAUAUUUUAAUUAUUCAAAUUAAUUAGGUCGGGAUAAGUUAGAUUACAAUAAUAUAACAUUACUUUUAAUUAUUAAUGUGUACAUUGUUGAUAGUAAAAAUUUCAUAAAUUUUUAACUGUUUUUUUGUAUCCACCUAACUUGUGUAUUUUAUAUUUAUGACUUGUCCUUAGUUUAGCUGCUGUAUCGAUUGUGUAGUACCCUGUAGGCUGUUUGUGAGCAACUGCUAUUAGAAGCACCUGUAAAUGCCCAGAUAUGGCACUGGGGUUACUAUAAAUACUUUUUCCAAGCUGUGUUUCCUGAGGAGAUGAUUGGUUUCCUCUCCAACGAGGAUCGGGUUCCCCACACACAUUGCUUGGAAUUUUCCAAGUGGAAUAUA